AGUUGCGCAGGACCAAGCCUCAGUGAUCGACAUGGAGAUGCCCGCUAAACUCGUGUUCCCCAUCGUGAUCAUCUCCGUACUAGUGGCUUGCAGUCCCACGGAGGCAUGGUACAAGCAGAUGACCGGUCCAAGCUUCUACUCGGUGGGUAGGGCGUCCGGAUUGCUGUCCGGUAUCCGGAGGUCACCGUACGUAAGGAGAGCCGAGCAGGACCCGUCAGACAGCGAAGAGUUGAAGACUAACGGCGUGUUUCCUGAAUUAACUCCGCGCAGUUUCAUCCUGAAGACGAUGCCCGUUUGCAUCAAAGACAUCACACCAAACCUGCAGAGCUGUGAACUCUUCCAGGAAAGCAAGCUUUCAUUUAAGUGCAAAGCGGAAAUCUUCCUCACUCUGGACUCCGCAGACUGUGCAGGAGACUGAGCAGUGAAGCCGGCAGCUGGGCGGGAUGAUGCCAGGAUGAACUUCUUUUUUUUUUUUUAAAACAACUGUACAUGUCUCCAACUUAAAGUUUAACACUAAUGUUGUGCUGGAUGGAAGACAUGCUACUUUUAAUUUAAAAAUUGUAUUGAUUUUUAUGAUAAACCCAUCAUAAAACUUUAAAUCUGUAAAGGUAAUGUUUUAAUGUACAUAUGUGAUCUGAGAAUUCAUUAAUAAAUUAAUCGUAUUGCA